AUGGACACUAAGACUCCGCCGAUCCCGUUGAAGGUCCAGGAGAAGCCUAAACCGAAGCAGCAAGAAACCGUCGCCGAUGUGUCCCUGCCCCCGCUGACACCAUACAGAAAUCAUCGCCAGAAACAGAGAACGCCUGGGAUCCAAUGGUCGCGUGAUGCACCCAGCGCUAUACGGUAUCAGGAUCAUCAGAAAAAAAGGCCUUACAGAGUGCUGCAAAUCGGCGCUACGCCCUUGAUGCACGCUUGCCAACAGGGUGACAGAGCAAGAGUCCUGAGACUGUUAAAAGAGCAGGAGGAGACGAUCGGCUACAGAGAUCGCACUUUGAGGAACACUUUGCAUUACUGCAUGGACGCUGGAACCGGAGGUGCCGUCGCCGCGGCGGCACCGGAACUCGUGAACGCGCCCGACGCCGAGGGGCACACGCCUCUUCAUUUGGCAGUCAUCGCGGGGGACACACAAUUGGUGGCUGUUUUGCUAGCGAACGGUGCCGACGUGAACGCCAAAGACUUGGAGGGACACAGCGUUCUUCACUGGGCUACCGUAUGCGGAGAAGCGGAGUGUGUUCGGCUGGUGUUAGCAGCGGGUGCACGACCCUCGACGCCUGAUCUCCGCGGGGGAUCUCCUCUUCACUAUGCCGCUCAAUGUUGCGGCGCGGCCGCAACUGCCGAGCUAGCUGUGCCCAAGAAGGUUGGCUUAAAAGUUCUCCAAACCCUCUUGGAAUUCGGCGCCGAUGUAAACGCGAAAGACGAGGACGGAAGACAGCCAAUUCUAUGGGCAGCAAGUGCUGGCAGCGUUGAAGCUGUCUUGGCAUUGGCCAGAGCAGGUGGUUCAGCUGCUGCAGGGGCUGCAGACAAAGAUGGCCUCACGGCUCUCCAUUGUGCUGCGUCCAGAGGACACGCCAGAUGCGUGGAGGCUUUGGUGAAUCUUUGCGGUGCUCAUCCUGACCACGUGGACGACAAUGGAUGCUCGGCUCUGCAUUAUGCAGCCACCCUUGGCCACGCUGACGCCACAGCUUUGAUUCUAAAACUAGGAGCUGAUCCCAAUCGGCAGGAUCGAAAGGGUAGAACACCAGCACUUUGCGCUGCAGCCAAAGGUCAAUUGGAGACCCUGAAGAUCUUAGCACAACAUGGCGGUUCUCUUUACGCGAGGACUGUUCGCGGUACCGGCGUCGCUCACGAGGCGGUGGCUUCCGGCAGAAUCGAGCUGAUAAAAUGGCUGGCGAAGAAACGUCCAGGCACGUUGGACGUCGCCACCCACGACGGAAAGACACCUUUGCACGUGGCGGCUUUGCAUGGACACUUGGAUGUCUGCAAGGCCCUUUUAGACAACGGUGCCAGGAUCAAUGCCGUGCUACGAACCAGCAAAGGCAACCUGAUGACUGCCUUGGACGCAGCGCUUUACAGAGGGCACAGGGACUGUGCAAAGUUAAUUCAAAUGCACGGUGGCACCACGGCCCACCAACUCAAGAUGCAGAGAACUGUACCGAAUAAAGUGUUCGCGGCGAGAAUGCAAAUGAGACACGUCGACAGCAGCACCGACACGGAGAGCAGUCCUCGUAGACGAGGUCGUGGUUUCAAACUGCCAGAACUCUACUACGAGGAACAGUGGAUCGAGAAAAGAACGCGACGUCGGGGAAAUUUGAAAAAACUGGUUCGCCAGGAUAGUCGAAGUUUCAGCGAAGAAGAAGUCAGAUUGUCGAAGACAUCUUUGAAGAAAGAUCAUCAGAGACGAGCACGCAGUGAAUCAGCAAGGUACGAUGAGGAUGACACGGACCGGAAGUUAAGAAGAAAGAGAAGCAAGAAAAGGUCAACUAGAUCUAAACAGAAUUCCAGCGAAUCCUCGAUAGAUUCGGACAGCUACGAACGAGUCGAAGAUUCGUCGAGGCAAAAAUCUGAAACGCAUAGAGAGGAGAGUAAAGUAGACAAGGGCAAUGAAACGGAGGAGAAGGAGGACUCGAGAAAGGACGACGAGGACGACGAAAGCGUGAGCGACGACAGCCUGGAAAUGGUGGUGGUGAAAAGAUCCGUGGAAAAGAAAUGCGAGAAGGUGGUGUCUGGGAGGAGAUCGAAGACGCCCAGAGAGAGCUCGAAAGAGACAAAAUUUACAAAGACGCACAAAAGCACUAGAAGAAAAUUGAAAUCCAGCAGAUCGAAAUCUUCCAACAAUGGCGACAGUAUGCCGGAUCGAACGCAAUCCUCGGACAAAGGACAGGAGUUCAAGGAGUCUGAGUUCUGCGAACGAGAGACCCCGAGGACCUCGAUCGACGAGGACAAGGAUAGCCCAGGGAAAAUAAUCGAAACUCGAUAUCGUAAGGAUAUAACCGACAGCACAAGCCAGGAAACCGUCGAACGCGUCAUCGUGACAGCCAUGGUUCACAAGGACCAACCUCCGGACACGCCGAAAUCGGUGUUGGAAAGCACGAAAGAAGUGACGUUCGACGACAGGUUAAGGACUGAAGUAAUAGAGACGGAAGUGGUGACCAGGGAUGAUGGAUCUAGCGCGAGCAAAGUGGACGAUAUCGUUGAACAGAGUGACGAAUCGCGCAGCAAUCUUGUAACGAAAGCAGCCAGUUUGAAGAAAGACGUGGAAGAAAUGAGGCAACAAGUCACGCAGGAAAGGACUCAACGCGAGGAGGAUAGAAGAAGGAGCCAAGGUGACGAGAACACCAGGCAAAGUGAAAAAGAUACGGGUGAUGAUCAAGGUAAAGAAGAUACGAGGACAGACGAGAGUGGGAAAGAUAAGACAUCUUCCACGGAAGAGACAGUAAGGAAGAGACAGCAAGGAAUAGAUGAAACAGGCAGGUUAGACGCACACGCUACAACCGAGUCGGAAGCUUCCACGCUGGAUUCCCAGAAAGAAUCUCAACGACUACAGAAUCAGGCAGAAGACGACUCCAAGUCCGAAGGAACGACCUCGAAAGCUGACGAGAGCCUCGAUAAAUCUCACGACGAUAAGACGAACGCGUCCGAACGCACGUCCAAAGAAGAAUACGAGGACUCGGAGGAAAGGAGUAAAUCCGACAGUUCGAAAAAAGAAAUUACCACGUCCAGAACUGCGGAAGACACUCCGCCGUCGGAGGGGGAGGAAGACAAAAGACAAACACCAGAAGAGACCGAAAGUAAAUCGAAAACUGAACCAGGUACGGUCAGGAGGAAACCGUCGUUCGACGAAAGAAAGCCAAAAACGAGGCAAUCGAGCGGAAGUGCCAGCCCCUCGAAGAGCAACAGUGGUCGUAAGAGGAGGGAAUUCAGUAAGAAACGGGAGUCUUCCACGAAGAAGGUGUUGACGAAACCGACGUCGGAGAAAACGGAUAAAGAUGGCGCGGAAGAGUCGUCGAAGUCGCCGGAAACCGAUAAGGAAGCCGCGAAAAGUCCAGAGAAAGAUGGUGGAAACAAAUUGGAGAGUUCGAGCAAAGAGUCGCCGGACGACAAGGAUCAAGCGGAUUCCGCUCGCGGAAAGUCCGUGGAAUUUUCGUCCGCGUCCAGGGACUCCGCGUUGAUGGAAGACGACGACAGGUCGCUGAGCAUCGAUACACCGGUUGCCACGAAGAGGAAGCUAUCUGGCGAAGAGGAGGUCGUUCGGGACUCGUCGCCGGCGAAGUCUAACUUGGACGAUCAGACGAUCGAGACCGAGGACGCGAAGAAGAUCAGAAAACGCUCGAUCGAGGACGCGUUGACGGCAGAAGAAGAGAGCUUUCGAUACAUCGACGAGAGUUCCUCGAGUUCCCCCAAGUCGGCCCAGACGAGACGAUCGAGGCCUUCGACGGGGAAGGCUAGGAACAGCGGAAGAUCGUCGUCGCGAAAGAAGACUUUGUUCGAGAGUUCGGAGGAACGUUCUCCGGAUAGGAGCGCCAUAGUCGCGGUCAUCGAGAGUCCGGAGUGGGACGAGGAGGACGAAGAGAUCGAGAAAGAAAUCAGAGAUGCGAUCGGGGAGGACGAGGAGCACGAGACCGAGCCAGAAGAGGACAACGAAAUCGGAGUAGUGAGAGUGUUGCCGAGCACCAGCGAGGAAGAAACGUCUCGUGUGGGUCACGAUGUCCGUAGAAGUUCAGUGUCGGACUCGUUACCUCAAGUGCAGCCUACUCGUACUCGUUUGACGCGGAUCCAAAGUCCUCAGGAGAGUAGAACGAACCGAUUGCAAGGGAAACAGCGCCGUGACAGCGGCGGCAGAGACAGUGGUAUCGAACCCAGUCCAAGAGUAUCGAGGAUACCAAGAAGAAGGAUCAUGAAAUGUUGCCCCAACACUGAGAAACAACAGACUCUUAACAUGGACACCAUAACUAGAGACGUACAGAUCAGCUUACGACGAUAUCAUCUGGAGAGAAAGAUUUUUUUUCAAUUGAUGGAACUGAAGAGAUUGCAGAUACGUCAUGGCAGAGCGAACGAGCAAGUUCUGGUGAAGAGACAGGUGGACGCUUUCCAUAAAGCUGGAAUGGCUGGACCCACCCUGGGCGUAGCAAAAUACGAUCAACCCUUAACGUUCAGGCAUUUCGAAGCUUUUCUUUACGAUCAACUGAGAAAGCUCCAGAGAAGGCCAGCCACUCCAGAUUUUUGCACCGAGGCGAAACAGUGUACUCAGAAAACUCAUCGCUGUCAUCAUGCAACAAGCGCUUACACUUCUUUCCCUGUGUAUACAUACCUAGGUGGAGCCGGCCAAGAACAAGGGGAUCUUCUUCCGAAGAUAGAGAGUCGUGGAAAAGGACAAAUGACGGUGGAAGUAACGCAUGGAGAGGAGAAGCAGAUAAUAGCUCUUCCGGCUGAAAGACUGGAUCGUACAAAAAAAUAUUAUGUGACGUUCACUGUCAGAGGGGAAGCACACGAAACGGAAAAGCCUAAAUCGUCGAUCGGUGUUCAAAGAAAUGCCAAAAGCGUUUAA